CCUUGUUCACUGAAUUGACCAUUCAAGUUGAUGACAUUCUCAAACAAUAAGACGAUAUUUGACUGUGAUAUUGUUUUUCCUCAUCUGUUUUUUAUCUCAUUUCUAUCACUUCACCUGUGACAUCGAGAGUCUUCUCACGAUUUCUCUUCAGCAAAAGAUAUUCUCUUGUUCGCCACGAUCUAAAUAGUCCCCGAUUAUUCCGACUAGCUACCCGAGACUCCAAUUUGACGCCGCCUUCUACAGUGCUUUCUCAUCGAUUGUUUCUACACCAUGAUACCCACCCUCAUGACAAACCUCACUCAAAAAUAAACGAAAUCCUUCACGCUUUGACAAUUUGUCUGCGCCCAUUGUCAUCUCCCUAGAGAUUCGACCUACGCAUAUCAACUUUCCUUAUCGUCGAAAUUCUCCUCUUCGCCACUUCGUCCUCACAACCACUCACCAUGGCCCGACGAUCGAGCAAGAGCUCAGCCUCUCGCCCGUCGCUGAGCUCUCGUCCAGCUGGCUCAAUACGCAUCGUAAUGCCCUCCAACAAAAGCGCACCCCCCGCAGACCCUGCACCCGCCGUCACAGAAGAAGAUGUCAACAAGAUCAACAUCGCCGACUUGACCCUCGACGUUCCUCUCAUUCCUCUCCGACCAAAACGUCGAGUCCCAAAAACACCAUUUCACUUCCUCUCACUACCCGCCGAAGUGCGCAUUCAAAUUUACACAUAUUUCUUCGACGAUGUCGAUACGCUUUUAGACCUUGGUCCUCAGAAUUAUAAGCGCGUGCAUAAGAAACUAGGUCUUAUGCGCGUUUGCAGACAGGUUCAUGAUGAGGCGACUUUUGCGUUUUACAGCACACGGACGUUUCGAUUGUUUCCGACUUACCCCGGAAAAUAUUUCAAGAGCAAGAAGCCUCUGCUGGCGAGGUUGAAGCCGCAGCAGCGCAAAUGUGUUACAUCGCUGGAGUUAAGACUUGGACCGGGAUGGAAUGCGCCUCCGAGGGGAUGGGUUGUUAACCCCGCGCUUGGACUAUCAGACUGUAUUGAUGUUGAGCGAUUGAAUGUCUUUGUGGAGUGCGACCCUAGCGACAACAUCUUCCAGGGUUGGCGUCGCUCAGAUGGGUUCUACGAGGGAUUCAGCCGGAAUCUUCUGACUGAUGUUCUGGAGGCCCUGCCAUCUGUUCACACAGUCCAGUUUGACGGUUGGACCAGCGUUAAGAAGUCUGGUGACAUGAUGCAGUGCCUCAUGGGCGUCGUGAACGAAGCUGGUCUAGCCAUUGAAUGGGGCCCUGAGAGAGGAUGGACGGACACUUCUGUUGACGAAGAAGAUGAGACUCAGAAAGUAGGAUAUCCUGAAGGAUUUCCUCAUCCUGGGUAUGAGGCACAUGGUCUGCUGGCUUUGGCCUAAGUGUACGACUUGCAUGAGUAAGAUUUUUGGCUCAAAUGAGAUUUACGAAGCGGACUUUUAUACUGGUAUGCAGCGGAUGACACAUACACUCUUAGCUAUAUUUAUAAGAUGAAUCACUAUAGUAGCCCUU